UGGCUGCCCCCCAAACAGGCCACGACUCCCGCACGGAGUCGUGGUUUCAGCGUCAAAUCCGAUCGUUCUCGCACUUCCGGUCAUAAGAGCAACCUCUCCGAAUCUUCCCAGGAGAAAGCCCGUCGCAAUUUACACACCAAAGCCGAUCCUCUAGUCGCUAUGAACGAAUUACAACCCAAUCUGGUCGCAUUGGAGAAAUCCAAUCUGGGCUCAUUGAGAGAUAUUCAACAUAAGGAUCAAUUUGGAAACGCGAUCACUGAUCCCGACUGGUCAAACCCUACUCGUCCGCGUUUUGAGCGCCCCCUGGAUACCAUUCGAUCGUUCGAGGCAGCAAUUUAUGGAACAUACACUAGUCAACGCCCGACUUCCUAUGCCCGAACAGACGAUGCCGCUUCACAAAUGGGCGAGUUCAGCCGACGAACAAGCUACUACGGUGAGUUUGGCAUACAUAGCAAAGAUACCAACGGAUCAUUAAGCAGAGUGCUAAUUACCAAUUCUGAAUCAGGUCCCAACGCAUACACCAAUCGCGGCGAACAGAACGGUAACUACGGUCGCGGCGGCCAAUCUCGUCCAGACAGCUUCGUCGAUUACGGCGCCAGCUCAAGCCAGGCACCGGAGAGCCAAAACCCUUACGGUCAGAAUGGCGGCCAGCGUCGACCCCGUGUUCCUCGCCAGUCAACCGACCAGGCCAUGUAUGCUAACGGUGGACGCUCCUACGAUAAUGUUACCGCACUAUCCGGCUCUCCCUCCGGCUCUACAGACCCAUACGGCCAAUCGACUGAUCCUAGCUCGAUGAAUAGCUCAAAUGACCAGAUCCAACAGCAUACUAUGCAGCAGCGUAUGGAUGAGCGCGGUCAGGGAGAUUAUGGAUACGGGGCUGGCCCCAGUGCCAACGGCAGGACGCCAAUGGCUCCGCCGCCAGCUGGGAAGAAUGUGAAUGUGGUCAAGAAGCCUGCAAAGGACAACGAGAAGCGCAAGAGUUGGCUGAAGCGACGAUUCAGUAAGGACUAG